UUAAAAAAAUCUCAUCUCUAUUUUAAAGUCGUUAUUAGAACCUAUCUAAAACACAUGUUAGACUAAAAUAUAUUGUUCUUUUUUUAUCUGUUUGCGACGUCCAUUUUUAAAUCAUUUAGAGCAAAUGAUAGCGGGAUAUGUAUGACAGUCAUGGAAUCAUGUUUGGUCAUGAAGAUCCAGAAGACAGAAGUAGUUUAGAAGCUGCUGCAGAAGCUGCAGCUAAAGUAAAUGCUAUGCUAAUAGCUAAAGGAAUGUUGAAACCAAAUCAAAUUCAUGCAGCCACGAAUGUCAUUACUAAAAAGGCUGGAGGUCCGAAUAGCUUAGUGGUGGCAGAGGUGGAAAUAAACAAUUUAACAACCCCUUGUCGAAAUACAUUGACUAGAGGAACUACACAAGAAGAGAUUUCUAAGGCCAGCGGUGCAGCUGUCACAACAAGGGGAAGAUUUAUGGCACCUGAUGAAAAGGCCAGAAGCCCAAGUGAUCGCUGUUUAUACCUGAAUGUUCAGGCAGCGUCCAAAGAAUCGGUUGACAUUGCUGUGCAAAAAAUCAAUGAAAUAAUUCGAAGCAUGUGUGGGAGCAAGUCUGAGGCAAAAGUCAGAGGUGCCAACCAUAAUCGUGGUGGGAGGAUGAGACAGCCAUUCAGACCAAAUGCAAAUAAUAAUCGAUUUAGUUUUAGGGGCCAACCUCCGCCCCCUUUAAUGUCAUUGCCUACACCACCACCACCUCAAGUUCAACUUGUACCCCACUCACAUCCCCCACCUCAGCAAAUAACAGUCUUGCAAGAAAAUUUAUAUAUAGGGCUUGAACAUGCACCACCAAAUUUUGAUACUAAGAACAAGUUAUUAGGCCCUGGAGGGAGCUAUCUUAUGCAUAUUCAGUCAGAAACUGGAGCAGCUGUCAGUCUUAGGGGUAAAGGAUCUGGAUUUGGUGGAAUGAAUGGAAUGGAUUCCAUUGAACCUAUGCAUGUCCAUCUUGAGCACCACUCUUAUGUUGCAUUACAAGAGGCUAAAAAGUUGGCUGAAAAUUUGAUACAAACAGUGCAACAAUCGUAUGUCAGUUUCCAGCAGGCUCUAGCUGCACUUCCAGCAUCAGUCCCCACAGGGCUCAUAACAGGAGUACCCCAGCAGCCUCCAACUUUUGUUGAGGCACAGAUUGGGCAUCCUGGGCCUGGUCUAGCCACCAUUACUAUGACAGAACAAACCAUACAAGCAUUACAACCUCAAGUACAACAACUUGGGCCACCAACCAUGUUAAUGCCACCAGGAUCAGUGGCUAGUCAGUUGUCUCAAAUGCCACAAGGGUUAACUAACACAGCACAGACUUUGAUGAUCCCUUCAAGCUUAAGUCUGACUUCUAUGCCAAUACUAAACACUAUGCAAGCAUCUGCAGCUUCUAUGUUACCUCAACAACCAACCCAUUUGGAUCUAGGAGCUCAACAACAAAUGAUACUAAGUCAACCUCCACCCGGCACACCUCAAGCAUUAGCCCAAGUAGGACUUCAGCAAAUAGUCCCUGCACCCUCUCCAGCUCCACAAGCUUUGCCAUCCCACUAUGGGGUUUACAGCCAUGUUCAGCCUCCCAUGCACCUUGUUUCACAGCCAGUUUCUAUUGCCUCACAUGCUAUAGUACAGCAAGCUGGACCUCCAAUGCUGACUCAGCCUACUCAGCAUAUCUUGGCACAACAGACUCCAAUUAAUGUCCCCCCUGGCCAUUCUAUCUCAAUGUCUGCACCUACUUCAUUGGUGUACACUAUGGCUUCUAGUGGUCCCACCUAUUAUACCACCCCUAGACUGGAGGAAGAAGAGCCAAAGCGUCGGUUCACAGAAGAGAAGGAUGAUAAAAUUCCAGAAAAUCUUUUGGGAUACCAGCAUGGUCCACCUCAUCUAGUCAAUCUUGUGAGAUCAAGUCCACCUCCUCAUUCUCUGCACUCUCAAAUGUCACAAGGUGCACAGCUGAUACAGACAUCCCAUCAUGGGCUGAUACAAUUAAGUCAUAUCCCACCAGAUCAGAACCAGUUUGCUCAUCUUGGUCAGACAAUAAUCCAGUCAUCUCCCCAGCUGUUUCAGCCUCCACCAGAGGGGCAGCAGAUACUUGCACACCCUUAUCACACUGGACUGCCCCCUCCCCAUUUUAUGACUGGGCCUCCCCCACCUUCCCUGUCACCAACACAGCAGUUGCCUAGAUCACCCAGCUUAGAAAACAGACCUCCAAGCCAAGGCUCUUCCCAGUGUUCUACAGCUCUUAUGCCCCCACCCCCACCACCAGCUGUCACAUCCCAGGCUGGUGAAGGAACAAUGCCUCCUCCCAAAUCAGCUGAUGUGCCUUGGGGUUCUGGUUCAAAACGGAGAGUAAGUCCUUCACCUUCAGAGACAUCUAAAAAGAAAAUCAGAGGCAUACUCAAAAAUAAACAUAACUCAGCCCAACAAGAACUGGAAAAAGAAGGCACAGAGCCAAGUGAGGGGAAAUUAGAAUCUCAAGAAGAACUAGAAGACAAGAGGCACCCUGCAUCUCCCCAGUACCAGGGUCAGCCAUUGCGAUAUCCAAGUAUGCCUUCUGAUCCCAAUCUACCCCCCACGUCACAAGAAUCAGGUGUUUCACUCCAGCAUAGAUCCAUCGGUCCUCAAAUCCCUAAUGGUCUUCCCCCAGGUCAUCAUCUGUUGCAACAAUCUGACCCUAAUUUUCCACCCCAGGUUAAUAUAGCCCACCAACAUUUACAUAUUGAAGGUCCUAGACCAGAGGGACCACCGAACCAGAUUGUCAUUGAACACCCAGGUGUACCAGGGACACCUGUACAUAUAACACAUCACAGAUUGACUGCACCUGGACAGAUACACAUUGAACACGCUUUAACAGGACCACCACCUAGGCAAGUUCUGAUAGAGCAUCCAGCUCAACAAACCAUGCACUUAGAACACCCAAAUGGGGCAAUAACAGGCCCCCCACCAGGCCACCCAGAGCAUGUUCAUACACAUGUCCCAGUUUCUCAUCCUGGCCAAACUCAGGAGAUCUAUGAGUUUGAUAUUGGUGCUCAGCAACUUCAACAACCGCCGCCACAUUUUCAUCAAGCUUUUGAGCAUAUAACUGUUUCUCAGGCUAGUCAGCCAGGAGAACACCUCCUUCCUCCAGGAUCAGCUGUCAUAGUGUCAAACACCCAACACUUUCCCCAGUAUUCUGUAGCUAUAUCAACAGCUGCUCCCCCACCUCCAGUUUCUUAUUCCUUGCCAACAACAACACAGUUCACCAUGCAGAAUCAGGCAAUGGCACAGCAUAUUCAGAGAUUACCAGAACCACAGCACAUCUCAGUGCCUCCACCACCACCACCUUCCUACACUAUAGGGCUACCACCUUCACCAUCCCCACACUAUCAGACGCACUUUGCAGGUAUGCAACCUGCUCAUCCACAGUCCAUUCCAGCUCAUUUGUUUCACCAGACUCAACAGCCUCCACCUCCUCAAGCAUCUCAGUAUCAACACCCACAAGGGAUUUCAUACUGGGUUUCCCCAACCUAAUGUUUUAGAAGAAUAGAUAGAUUUGAGCUGUAAAUAGAUUUUCACAAAGAAGGAAAUAGACAUGAUUGUUUAUUAUAAAGAAAAUGUCAAAACUUCAUUCAAAGUAUUUGGAGCAGUUUGCCCAUAAGUUAUGUGGUUUUUGUAUUUAGUUUUGCUGUAGAUAUUUUGUAUGAAAAUUACAUUGCCUCCCAUUCAAUAGUAUAAGUAACUUAUAAUUUAACCAUAGUUUUAAUUCAGAUUUUCGCCAAUAAUUUUUGUAUUGCUUUGCUAACAAAUCCUUGGAGGUUUCUUGUUUAUAUAUAUAUAUAUAUAUAUAUAUAUAUAUAAGAAAUUUUCCUUUAAAUUAAAAUAGUAAUUAUAUAAUUACAUUGUUUUAUUUAGUGAGGCUUUUGUGAUAUCUUAUUCUCAUUUGUGGAUUUCUGUAAUAUUUCUAUUGAACUGUGUGCAAUGGUUUUUUUUUAAUUUUUUAAAUUCAUUUGUAAGGCAUUGUUUAAGUAUUUUGCGCACCUUCUUCAUUUUGCUUUGCUUUUUAAAAAAAGUAAAAGUAUGACUUUGAAAUUUAAAAAGCUAAUAAUAUAGAGAAAGAGGUUAUGUGUGCAUAAGGAUUGAUGAUGAAAUUAUUACUUUUAUGAUGCGUUGCUAUUUACAUUCAUGAAUUAUUAAACUUUUUUCUUUGCAUUUGCUCAAUAACAAAAUAGAAUUUUUUGAGUCGUAUGAGUGAAUGGUUAAUUUCUAAUGUUUACUGAUUACUGUUGCUUAUUAUUAACCCUUUCCUUUUGUGCCAUUCCAUUUGUGUACAAGUACAACUUGUUUUCAUCCCAUUUUCCCUGCUGCUUUUAUUAUGAGUGUUGGCCAUUAACAUAUAGUACUUAGAGUGAGCUUCAUAUUAAAAUAUGUUAAGUAGCAUGAUUCAUUGUUCAUUGCUAUUAAUUCUUGACUUCGCAGAAUGCAAAGUCUACAGUACUAAUUUAUCCUACAUGCAGUCAAAUCUUUUAUUAGAAGUAUAAAAGCUAAGCAAUAAAUUAGUUUCUUUUGUAAAAACAUUUUCAGUUUUAUGCAAUUGUAAUGUUUCAUUUUCAGCAUUCUGCUUCAUGGCUAACAAUGUUUAUAAAAAAUUGCAAGAAACAAAUAUUGUUUUCUGAAAUUUUACCAAAUAAAAAGAAUACAGCCCUGAAUGAGGAAUGGCACGUUUAUUUUACAACAAAGACAUUAAAAAUGACAAUAAUAAAUGUGCAAUGGCCAACUCAAAAUACUUGAGGCUGCCAGGCUUGAUGGUGGCUUUUUAAUUAAUACAAUAGUCUUACCCAUUCCAUUUUGUAAUAUUGAAUGAUGCUUAAAUUAAAAUCUAAACAUUUACCUCCAAAACAAUUUAAUACUAAUGUAUUCAAUGAUAUAUAUACAGUGUUUG